CUUGCUACUCAUCAGCAGAAAACAAAAGAGCCAAUGGUACCUCCCCCGCUUCUACCGUUUAUAGACCUGUCCCUCUUCCACCUUCUUACACCACCUCCCUCCUUCCUCUUUUGCAAUUCCUUGCUAUCUUUUCCUCUUCCCCUUCAUAUCUCAUUUGCGAUUCUUUCUUCUCACAGAGCUUUCCGUAGAUCUCUCCCUCCUUUUACUUUGCCAUCUCAAUUUGCAAUCUUGGCCAUCUUCUUAAAGAGUCUUAAAUUCUGUGGUUUAUGCACGCCAUUGGGAGCUGCUCUCUGCUGCUUGUGCUGUCCCAAACCAUCCCGUCGGCGCAGUAGCCAUGUCCACGCUCGGGAGCGGCGGCCCUAGCCCGGCGGCGUCGUCGUCGUCGGUGGACACCAUCGGCCACCGGGUGCCGCCCGGCCCCAUGCUGACGGCCUGCGUUGUGGGCGUCAACGUGCUCAUGAUCGUCCUCAUCUUCUUUUUAUUCUGGAGGUUCUUCUCCGGGAAAGAGCGGCCAUCCACCUCAGCCGACGCCGACGCCGACGCCGACGCCGACGAGGACGAUUCGCGGCCCGUGGCCUCCCCGUGGGCGUCCCGUUGGCGGCACGAGGACGACCUCGGCGCGCCGCCGCUGGAAGACGUGGCGCUAGCCGUGCCCGUGUACACCUACUCCAGCGCCGGCGCCGACGACGGAGGGAAGCAGGCGGCGGAUGAGUGCGCGGUCUGCAUCGUGGAGCUCCGCGACGGCGACUCGGCGCGCCUGCUGCCGCGGUGCGGCCACCGGUUCCACGCCGACUGCGUGGGCGCCUGGCUGCGGCUCCACGCCACGUGCCCCCUAUGCCGCGCCAUCGUCGUGGCCCCCGCCGCCACGGGCGCCGUCGCCGGCGAGUCCAGGAACGCCAAGGACGACGAUGACGUCGCCGCGGAUUGUCCCGUGUGAGGCGGCCGGCCCCGGCCGACCGACGUCGACUCCUGGCGGCGGCGAGCAAGCAAAUGGAUCGCGGUAAUGGCGGAAGGUGAGGUCGUCCUAGCUUUGCUGACGGCCGGCAUGCUCCUGAUGACCAGCUAGAAAAAAAAAGGUUGGUGAGGCGAUCGAUUCCUUCGUCCUGUUCUGCUGCGUUGUUAAUUGUCAUGUAUAUUUCUGGAUGAUUUGGUAUCAUUAGAUAUAUCGUGCCAUAUAUAUAUCUUGAUUGGAGUCUUCUUCUAUGUGUAUGUGAGGUCUGGGUGAUUUCACUUCUGUAAGAUAGUAUGGGCAAAUUAAUAGCAUGUUUGAUUUGAGAAACAGAGGAACGAUGGAUCAUCCUAUCCGAUCCCCUUUGUAUAAUUCUGAGGAAUAUUAAUUCUUCACUGAAGCGUGUUGGAUGUUUCA